AGGUUGGACCAAGUCAAAGAAGCAGCAGUUCAACGAGCUCCUGCAGGAGAGUAUGAGGAAAUCUCAGUUCCUCAAGGACAAGUAGGUGCGAUCAUUGGCCGCGGCGGCGAGACACUUCGACAGAUCAAGGCAGACAGCGGGGCCAUCAUCGUUUUGAGCCAAGAAACCAAGGGGCAAGGCUUCAGCACGGUGCGCUUUGCUGGAACUGCCGAAAGUGUGGCCCGAGCAAAAGACGCGGUCCAGCAGCGAUUGGCAGAGCGCGACUGGAGCGGCAUCGGUCCGGGCGGUCUCGGCAUCGGUCCGGGCGGUCCGGGCGCCGGCGUGUGGGAAAGAGGCGGUCCGGGCGGUCUGGGCGUUCCGGGUCUGGGCGAGUGGGACUUCGACAGCCCCGGCUCUGGCUGUGGCCCAGGCAAUCCCAUCGGGAAUGGCCCCAUUGGUGGGAACCCAAUUGGCGGCCCCAUCUCUGAAGUCUCCCAAAUGGCUUCGUCACCGAUGCCUAUGCAGAUGCAGCCCAUGCAGCCAAUGCAGCCGAUGCAACCUUUGCAGCCUAUUCAAUCUAUGCAGAUGCAACCAAUGCAACCUACACAGCCCAUGCAGAUGCAGCCAAUGCAGCCAAUGCAGCCAAUGCAGCCAAUGCAGCCAAUGCAGCCAAUGCAGCCAAUGCAGCCAAUGCAGCCAAUGCAGCCAAUGCAGAUGCAGCCGAUGCCACCAUUGCAAUCAAUGCAGAUGCAACCAAUGCAACCAAUGCAAGCAAUGCAGCCAAUGCAAGCAGUGCAGAUGCAACCAGUGCCACCAAUGCAACCCAUUCAGCCCAUGCAACCGGUGCAAACCAUGCAACCCAUGCAGCCCAUGCAACCAAUGCAAAUGCAAUCAAUGCAACCAAUGCAAUCAAUGCAACCAAUGCAACCAACGCAACCAAUGCAACCAAUGCAGCCAAUGCAACCAAUGCAACCAAUGCAAGCAAUGCAACCUGUGCAGAUGCAGCCAAUGAUGCAGCCGAUGAUGCAGCCCGCGCAACCUAUGCAACCGAUGCAGAUGCAGUCCGUGCCAAUGCAGCCGAUGUCACAGCCACUUGCGCAGCUUGCGACGUAAGGGCCUUACUUUUGAGUCCGCCGAGCUUAGCGGCGAGUCCAAGGCAGACUCAGUGAGCGAGGGAAAACAGGA